AUGCACAAGAAAGCCAAAGUAGUCCCCCAACCGAAAGUCAACCCGCAGCAGCAUGCUAAGAUGGCGGAAGAUAUGAAGCAGAGGCUGAAAGUUGAAGAGUUGGCUGAGAACAUCGAUGAGCUAGAGGAUGUUGUUGAGGAUGUUUUUCCGCUUCUGAUGAUUACUGUCAUCAUUUCUUCUCUGAUCCUGGUGAUUUUCCUCAUCAGAAUGUACAUCCGGUAUUCCGUGAAUAAUCCAAGUAAGAACCGGAUGGACGGCCGGACCGUACUUAUUACUGGUGGCACUAGUGGCCUGGGAAAAGCCACGGCUGUGGAGUUGGCCAAGAGAAACGCCCGGGUCAUCAUCACAGGUCGUGACCUGGUCAAGGCUGAGGCCAUUGCCAGAAAUAUCAGAAAGAAAACAGGAAAUCAGCAAGUGAACGCUGUACACCUUGACCUUGGCAGCCUAAGAAACAUUCGCGAUUUUGCAGAUGAUUUUAGCAAAAGUGAAAAAUUCUUGCAUGUGCUUAUCAAUAACGCAGCAUACAUGGGCCCCAAGUCGGUGACUGACGAUGGGCUGGAGCGAACGCUUGCUGUCAACUACCUGGGCCAUUUCUACUUGACCCAUCUUCUCACAGACAAGCUGAAAAAGAAUGCACCAUCUCGAAUCAUCAACGUCAUAUCUGAUACUUAUGUCCGAGGAAAAAUUGACUUUGAUGAUCUGGCUUUGAACAAAGGAUACAGUGUGUAUGGAGCUUACACCAGGUCCAAACUGGCACAGGUCAUGUUUAUGCUGGAGUGUCACCGUCGUCUGUUCAGCAGCUGCGUCUGGUCUUUUGGAGUUCACCCUGGGGCCUGCAAUACUGAACUACUGAGGAACUACCCUGGAAUGAUGGGUAAUAUCUUGAGGGUCAUUUCCAGGGUCAUGUUUAAGUCACCAGAGGAUGGCUGUCAGACGAUUGUGUACUGUGCUGUUUCUGAUGGACUGCGGGAGUUCUCAGGAAAGAUUUUCUCCAACUGCAAGGCCCUGAAACCAAGCGACAAGGUGAAAGACAAGGAUGUUGCUAAGAAACUAUGGAAUGUCAGUGCCCAGUUGUGCGGAUUCAAAGAUGAAACCCCACCAGAAGAAGCAGCAGCACCGGCACCAAGCACUGAAGAGAAGAAGGAGCAGUAA